AUGUUCAUGUCCUUCCAACAAUUUAACGGGACGCAGGCCGGGACGCAGGCCGGGACGCAGGCCGGGACGCAGGCCGGGACGCAGGCCGGGACGCAGGCCGGGACGCAGGCCGGGACGCAGGCCGGGACGCAGGCCGAGGCGACACACAGCUUUGGACUCUGCGCUCUUGUGUUCUGUGCACACAACUUUCCCAAUCUGGACCUGGUUUCAUAA